AUGAUCGCCACCCCGCUCGCGAAGAUUAUCCCGUUUUGGCUGCCGAUGGUUGCGGGGUUUGUCCCACUCUUGUGGUUGAGUUUUGCUCCGCCCGCGAGCGCUGGACUGCGGGUCGGCCUCUUUUACGCCUUCACCCUGCUCGAAGGGAUGGCCAUCGCACCUCUGGUGUUGAUGACCGCGAUGAAAGGGGUUUUAGCCACUUCGCUCGUCUUGACAGCGGCGAUUUUCGUCGGGUUUAGCGCCGCGGCCUAUCUUGCACCUCGGGCUUCACUCGUAGCCUGGCAAGGGCCGCUUUACGGUGCGCUAAUCGGCUUGGUCGCGAUCUCUCUCCUCAACGUUUUUUACCCUACAGCCAUCGCGCACUCGAUUAUUCUCUACGGUGGCUUGGCCCUUUUCUCGAUCAUGAUUUCAAGCGAUACCCAGGCGAUGAUUGAACGAGCUCGCUGUGGGGCAGGCGAUCACGUGCAGGACGCGUUACGCAUGUUUAUGAAUGUUAUUAAUAUCUUCGUACGUAUUGCUCAAAUCAUGGGAAGCAUGGACCGCUGA